CUUGCUGGGUGCCUGCGUCAGAAUUCCGUCCAAACCUGACAGACGCGUCGCUCGUAUCCUGUAGAUGUGUUCUGUGCUGUGCGUCUGUGAGGCGCACCAGACGUUUUGCUUUUAGAAGGAAAACCAGGUGCAGUUAUUACUGAAAUGAAGGUGAUUCUGGAGAAACAGUAUAUUCCAAGGCAGACUCUGUGAGACUCAACACUAGAGUGAUUUGAGAUAAGUCUGUGCCAAACCAUAAGAGGAACAACUGUUUCAUCAUGAUAGACCUGAGCCACCUGACCGAGGAGGAGCAGGCGAUGAUCAUGGUGGUUUUAAAGAGGGACACUGAACUGAAGAAAUCAGAAGAGGAACGAAUCAAACAAGUGCAGAAAGUGGUUUCUGAGGAAGACAGACGCAAGUAUAUGACAGGAGAAUGGUUCUACGAGGUGAAGUCACAGAGACACCAGGACAGAAUUCAUGGAUCUGACAUUAUCAUAGCAUCAAUGAAGCAAACAAAACCCACAGUUGUUGAGUAUUUAACCAAGUCGUGGGGUGGAAGAUCCAGGAGUGUCAGUAGAAAGAACAGUGAAGGCAUCAUAACACCUAAACAAGCUACAGAGUCCUCAGAUCAGCCAAAGGAGAAGGAAAACAGUGACACAUCAGAGGUCCAGCAAGAGAGACUGAACAUUGGCAUGAGAUCACCAUGCAAGCCAAGGCACAACCCAAUCAAAAGUAUUCCAAUGGAGCUUGACUUUGAGGAGACUAACAGCCCAUUUACCACUGGAGCAUCAGGAUCUGGACUCAGGAAAUCUUUCCACAGAGACUCUGAUUCACAAGUAAAACAUCAGGAAGAAAGUCACAUAGAAGAUAAUACUGAGGUCUGUAACAUCAUAAACAACAGAGCCCCUUGUCAAAAGCCUGUGCCAAAGAAAAGGACCAAAAUCUACAAACCCCAGAGCUCUGUCUCAGACAGUGACAGCUCUGUGUCCACCCAGUGUACUUCCACCACAGCAUGCUCAGGAAUCAGAUCUCCCCCACAAAGCGGUAUCCUCAAAUACACCUCCAGCUUCAGUUCCAAUGAGUCCGCUCUCAAGAGGCAACUGCUACAGCCAGUUAAAACUCAAUACGUCCCCAAAAACAGCAGUCCAGAAAAGGAUUCUAAAGAGACUAGAUUUAUUCUGGAAAGCACAGAGAAAUCUGGUAACAAAACACAAAACAAAGAGCCACUUAAGUCCCUGUCACCUUUGAAGUUGCCAAAAUCACGUUUACCAGUGAGAGCCUCAUCGCAACUUUUUGACCCUCCACAGGCCAUACAAGAGAAACCAAAGAUUCAACCACGUCUCAGUCUGAGCUCCAUCACAAGAUCAGAUGAUGACAAGAAAGUGGAAGAAUUUUUCAAACAAAAAAGAGAAACAGAUUGUUGCCUUCCUCAGUCAUCUGUGGCAUCAGAGGGCAAAAAGAGAGAAACCGUUUAUCUUCCUCAUGAGAAUGCAAGGUCUGCAUUGAUCACAAACUCUGAAAAGCUGUUGGAUGAGAUCACUGCCCCUCAGCCUAUACAGCACAAGUCUGAGAAAGUGGAGACUCAUAUGACUCAGUUUCCAAAUAUGGAAAUGGCGAGAGUAGAAGAACAUCUCAGGACUGCUGUUGAUGAGAAAUUUCCCAGCGCCCUCAACACAGCAGGUAUAUCCAACAAGGCAGAUGUUUCUACUGAUUGUGAGACUGACAGCAGCUCCCCUGUGUUCAAUAUAAAAAGCAAUAAUACUAAGCAAGAAGAUGCCAAGCUGGCUGUCAUGACAGAUUCUCAUAUUCCCAAGUCUAAUGAUGAACAAGGAGAUUCCAUCACCAAAGUCCUUGAGUGGUUUAGCAGGAGUACAGACAGCAGUGAUCUGCUUGAUUUAGAGACUAAUGAUCAGGACAUGGAGGAGGAUACAAAGAUCGAUGACAUAGACUUUGAAGAUGAAGUUAAUCUAAGGGCCAAAACAAAGGAUAAUGUGUACAUGAUCAUACCACGCCAAAGUAAAGAGAAAUCACCAGAAGUGGAUGCAAUAUUUCUAGAACAGAAAGGCUAUGGAAUGGAACAGGGUGUUGAUGAGCAUUUCAAGAAUGCUCCAAAAGAACGGAGAAGAUCUGAAUCCACCUUUCAUAAAGAAUCUCUCAUCAAGAAGCCUUCUAUUGACUCAUUAAUUCCAAACAAUGUCACAAAACAUCCAGAAGCCAAUAUUUUUGUAGAUGGGAAAGUUACUCAAAAUAAGAAAAAAACUGAGGCUUUUAUCAAGAGGAAGGAAGAGAUCAUAGUAAACCUGGAAAACACUGACAUCAAACUCACUCAACAUCAACCAAAAGAGAGAACAGGUGUUGAAGAGAACCAGCCCGCAAAACUUAGUAAUUUGAAAUCAUUCUGGGAGAAAGAAAAUAUUGGUCCGAAGAUUUUAAUAAGCAGAUCUAAUGUACCAGCUAAGAAUGAACCCAUAAUCCCUAGUGAUGUGAGCGGAAAGCCGACUGAAGGUGUUGAGGACCAAAAGAAAGCUGAACAGAGCUUGAUAGCAAAAUCUCCAGAACAGAAUAAAAAGGAGUCAAUAAACACUGAGGACAUUUUAGACCUUGAGUAUGUAGGGAGUACUAACACAAACCACAAGUCCCAAGCACCAAUUGCUACAGAUAAUUCAAAUGAUGUAAAUCCACCACUGAACAAUCAGAAGAAAGUCCAAAUUCUUGCAAGUGCUCCCUCUGUCAAAGAAGUUCGCUCUCUUCCGCGGUUAAAAUCAUCUUCGCUUGAUAGUGGAUCCUUGUUAGGUGGUCAAAACAGUGAAAGCAUGGGAGGCACCAUUAGCAUAAGCAGCAGUGAUGGAGAUCCCAUCUCACCAAAGGAAUUAGAGGUUAAAUCUAGAGCUGCACCAGGACUAAAUCCAGUGUCUCUUGUUAAGCAGAAUUCCCAGCAACAAGAGAACAUGGCAGAGCGGAUCAAACAACUCAAGUCCUUCUGGGAGAGAGAAACGUUGGAACCGAGAACAUAUAUCAAAUCAGCUGCAGUUCAAAAUAAAUCCUCUGCUGCUAGGUUAAAUAAAAGAUUUACAAAGUCUGAGUUUGAUCUCAGAUCAAUAGGUACCGAGUUUGAGGAGGAUCUUGAGGACAAUACUUCUGACAGAGGCAGAAUGUCCCCUAAUUUCACACUAAGAAAGGAUAAGCCCAAUGUGACUGAUGGUAUGAGCUUUUCUCAGUUUAAGAACCUGCAAGACUUCUGGGGCGCAUCACCUACAAAGCAGCCUGGACAAAGUUCACCCAUCAUUGAAAGUGGAAUUCAGAGAUCCUUAAGCCCACAUAGCAAAACAACUGAUAUAUCCAAAGAGACAUGCUUACAAUCCUGCAUAGAUGCGACAUCACAUACAAGUCAAAAUGUUUACAAUAUCCAAUCAGAGAGAGCCAAAGCCUAUGCAAAUCAGAGCCAAAGUACCAAAACAUCCUUGUUGUCAUCACCAGCCAAGAUAGAGAGUGCGGUCCAGUCUCCUUCAAAGAAAAAGAUUACUACAAGACAGGAAUCUGGCUCAAAAACUGAUCAUUUGCAUGUGGUCUCAGGUGAAGCAAUCUUGCAUGGAGUGUCUUAUUCCCCCCAGCCACAGAAUGGCUCUCAGACAUCUUCAAAAAAAACAAUGCCUCUUAAACCUGCCAUAGGUCAACAGUCACGACCUCUGCAGAGCAGAAGAAGCAGCAAAGGCAGUCUUAAUGGAAAAGCCAAUUCCAUGCGACGGGCCUCCAGCAUGUUUUCUGUGAACUCUGUGGUUGAGGAGCAAAGCCAGGGCAUACAUCUUCAGUCCAAGAAGGGUUCCAAUCUGCACCAGGUCAAGAGGCCAACAGAAAGUAGCCUAACACAGUUAAGGAAAACUCAGGAUGCUAGCUUUACACCGCCACAAACAUCCCCAGAAAUCUCUCGAGACAGAGAAAAAUCACUCAAAGACCAUCUCGUACUUCUGAGGAUUCUGACUCCCAACCUCUUGCCAGAUCCUUUAUUCCACGUGAUUACCAGCAUUACCUUGGAAUCACAGAGGAGAAGCAUCUACACUCCACCUCCAGUAAGAGAGCAGGUUGAGGACUUAAUUUGCACUUCAUUUACAACAUCUCCAGAGACAAGUCGCAGUUGUAAAUGUUCCCUUGUGAGAACCAGUACUCCAGUACAGGGUUCACCUGAUCUUCAAACCAGGAAAGGGAGCCUGGGACUCCACUCUUCCACACAAAUCGAUGGAGAUGCCAGUCGUGAAGACUCAGAGAGCAGUGCAGCAGACACCUUGUCUGGCACAAAGGGGAAUUCGAACCGUGAUAAUGACAAUCCUGUUCAGAGAGCUUUGAGACGGGCUGCAUCUAGACCUGUGUACCAUAAGAGCAUGGAAGAUAUCAGCAGUCUUCCUAGGCAAGACCAAAAAAUCAAACCAACUGAUGACUCCUUGCAGGGCAAUUAUGUUGGCUCUAGCACACUUGUCCAGACCUCCUUUGCCACAGCAGACCCGGAACACCUGAAGCAACUCAGCAAAUCAGUGCCCUCAUUUCUACAGAAAGAGAGUGAUGGAGGAGAGAGUGACUCAGAGAGCAGUUUUCGCAGCAGCGUGCAACAGAGAAAUAACAUACAAUUCUCCAACCUCAGCAGCUACUCUGGUUCUGCCUCACUCUCAUCUGUUAGCAGCAGUGUUGCAAGUGUUUACAGCAGUGAUUACAGCAGUCUUGAAGUUCAAGGGAACAUCCAAUUUUCACUGAACUAUGUGCAAAGAUUGCAGGAGUUCCACAUCUUUGUCAUUCAGUGCCAAAAUCUGGCAGCAGUGGACACAAAGAGGAAUCGAUCUGACCCGUAUGUUAAAAGUUACCUCAUACCUGACUCUGUCAAUCUGGGAAAAAGAAAAACUGCUGUGAAAAAGAGAACGCUGAAUCCUACAUACAAUGAGAUUCUUAGGUACAGAGUCCGAAUGGAGUACCUAAAAUCCCAGAUUCUCAACCUUUCAGUGUGGCACAAUGACACAUUUGGCCGUAACGGUUUCUUGGGUGAGAUAGAGCUUGAUCUUUCUUCAUGGGAUUUUAACGACACUGAGAGGAAGUUUUUGCCCCUGAAACCAAGGAAUCUCUCCUAUCAGACCACAAAUAGCCUUCAGCCCUCUGACUUCAGAGCACAUAUGAAACUUGCCAUACGCUUCCUGCCUCAGAUCACCCACUCUAAGAAUGUUCCAGGUUCAGGUGAAGUGCAUAUCUGGGUCAAAAACUGCAAGAAUCUCCCUCUCAUCAGAAGUCCAUCUAUCGACCCAUAUGUAAAAUGCUUUGUACUUCCUGACACCAGCAAAAAGAGUCGUCAGAAAACUCGGGUCCUGAAGAGGACAACUAACCCCAUAUUUAAUCACACCAUGGUGUAUGAUGGCUUUAGGACAGUGGACCUGAAAGAGGCCUGUGUGGAGCUUACAGUUUGGGACCGCGACCUUCUAGCUAAUCACCCGCUCGGAGGCCUAAGACUCAGCAUGGGCACAGGCAGGAGUUAUGGAGAACAAGUGGACUGGAUGGACUCUACUGCAGAGGAGGUGGCUUUAUGGAAGAGAAUGAUGGAGUCACCUAAUGAAUGGGUGGAAGACAUGUUACCACUGAGGCAGAUAAUGUCAGUCAAAAACACAUAGAAAUUAGAUUAAAGUGAACCACGGAGUUUAUUAAAGAUGUACUAUUUUUAAAGUACAUCAAUAAAAUUAUAUUUCUCCACAUUUAAUGUCUUGCAUUUAUAAUAAUUUAUAAUAAAUUAGGUUUUUGCCAUUACUCAAAAACAAAUGUGUUUUUAUCUGAUUCAUAACAUUUGAUAUUAAGAAAAACAUUUUAAUAAAUCAGACAAAGCCAUCUUUGGUUAUUCUUAAUUACAGAAGCUGUGGAGGGGCCGGGUUUGUGACAAAUGUGCUUUAAAAAGUUUUACAUCUAAAUAAAUUAAUUGGA